AUGAAAGCAGAGGAAAUGGCCAAGGGGAACCAUACUACAGUGACUGAGUUCAUUCUGUUUGGUUUCACAGAUCAUCAAGAAAUACAGGUAGUCCUCUUUGUCCUCUUCCUAGCCAUCUACAUUGCCACUCUUGUUGGGAAUAUCGGCAUCAUCAUACUAAUCUGGAUCAGUCCCUGUCUUCACACUCCAAUGUACUUUUUCCUCAACAACUUGGCCUUCCUUGACCUCAGCUAUUCCUCUGCCAUUACUCCGAAGAUGCUGGUUAAUUUCUUAACAGGAAGGAAAACAAUUUCAGUUGCAGGAUGUAUUGUGCAAAUGUAUUUGUUUGCUUCCUUUGCAGAUGCAGAGUGCCUCCUGCUGGCUGCAAUGGCAUAUGACCGCUACGUGGCCAUUUGUAACCCACUGCUCUAUCCAGUUCUCAUGUCUAGCAAAGUUUGUGCCUGGCUGGUUGCUGGCUCUUAUCUCAUGGGCAGCAUAACCUCAUUUGUACAUACUUAUUAUGCCUUCCAUCUUUCCUUCUGUGAUUCCAAUGUCAUUAACCAUUUCUUUUGUGACAUCCCUCCAUUGUUAGCCCUCUCUUGCACCAAUACUCAUCUCAAUGAAAUCCUUCUCUUUGCCCUGUGUGGCUUGAUACAAACAAGCACCUUCUUGGUCAUCUUGAUCUCUUAUGUUUAUAUUCUUUGCACAGUCCUGAGGAUACAGUCUGCCCAAGGCAGGCAUAAAGCUUUUUCAACUUGCACUUCCCACUUGACAGCUGUUGUCUUGUAUUAUGGAACACUUCUCUUCACCUAUUUGCGGCCAAGCUCCAGCUAUGCCCUGGAUACAGACAAAAUAAUCGCAGUGUUCUAUACUGUGGUAUUUCCAAUGGUGAACCCUUUGAUCUACAGCUUGAGGAAUGAAGAAAUGGUCCUGCGUAUUAGGAAAAUG